AAAUGACUACCAUCCAGCCACACAGAAUUCUAUCUUAACGAUUUUACUAUUCGAACCCUUUUCUACCACUACCAAACCACCACCUUAUAUCCUACAACAUGCCUCGCAACGGAGACGGAUCCGGCGACAACGGCCCCAUCGAGGGCAACGACAUCAUCCACGGCAGCUCUGGAGAUAACACUCUUCAGCACGCCAAGAACAACGUCGCACCCAUGCCCGAGAUCGAGAAGGGUGAAGCGAUCGAAGGUCUUUCUGGCUCAGGAGGCGGCGACGCACCCAAGGCUGGACACACUGGACAGGGCAGGGCAGCGAGCGACAGCAACAAGGCGGCGCCUGUCGACCACGCUACAAAAUAGGCGAUGGCGGGGCCAUGACCCAGGAGGAAUGAGACCUCGUAAAGAACCAUUGCGGUAGAACGUGUUGGCAGCAUGGCAUACUUGUGUCCCAGCUAUGCAAGGAAGCACGUUGCGGAUUUGAAGCCGCGCGUGGAGCACGGCCUAGACAGCGUACGAAGGCGUGCCCUAGUGAAGUCAAGAAUGUAAAGACGUCAC